AUGCGUGGUCUUGUCAUCCUCAGCGCGGCCGUCGGCCUGGCCAAUGCUGCCGCCAUCGAAAAGAAGCACUACCCCGUCCCCGGACAAGAGGAGCCCGUCCCCUCCGUCCCUGGAAACGCCUACCCGGUCCCUGAGCAACCUACCCAGCCCGGAAACGGAGGUGCCUACCCUCCUCCUGCCGCUCCUUCGGCCUCCAAGCCUACCGAGCCCGGACACGGCGGUGCCUACCCUCCUCCCGGAUCCGAGAAGCCCACUCAGCCCGGAAACGGAGGUGCCUACCCUCCUCCUGAGCACACCAAGCCUACUGUAGAGGUCCCCCCCCAGGAGACCAAGCCUACUGUUGAGGUUCCUCCCCAGGAGACCCAGCCUACCGGCGAGUACCCUCCUCCCGAGCACACCAAGCCUACUGUUGAGGUUCCUCCUCAGGAGACCAAGCCUACUGUUGAGGUUCCUCCCCAGGAGACCAAGCCUACUGUUGAGGUUCCUCCCCAGGAGACCCAGCCUACCGGCGAGUACCCUCCUCCCGAGCACACCAAGCCCACUGGCGAGGCUCCUCCUCAGGAGACCAAGCCUACUGUUGAGGUUCCUCCCCAGGAGACCAAGCCUACUGUUGAGGUUCCUCCCCAGGAGACCCAGCCUACCGGCGAGUACCCUCCUCCCGAGCACACCAAGCCCACUGGCGAGGCUCCUCCUCCUCAGGAGACCAAGCCUACUGGUGAGCUUCCUCCUCAUGAGACUCAGCCCACUGGCGAGUAUCCUCCUCCUGAGCACACUAAGCCUACUGGUGAGCUUCCUCCUCCCCAGGAGACCAAGCCUACUGGUGAGCUUCCUCCUCAUGAGACUCAGCCCACUGGCGAGUACCCUCCUCCUGAGCACACCAAGCCUACCGAGGAUGUCUCUACUGAGGUGAUCUCCACCAAGACUGCUCACUACCCUCCUCCUUCCGAGACCAAGCCCGUCGAGCACACCAAGUCCACCGGAGGUGCUUACCCUCCUCCUUCCGAGACCAAGCCUGUCGAGCACACCAAGUCUACUGGAGGUGCCUACCCUCCUCCUUCGUCUCACACCAAGCCCUCUUACACGAAGCCCAUCUACACCAAGCCUUCGUACACCAAGCCCGGCUACCCUGAGACCACCGACUUCACCACCUCAACCAUCUACACCACCAAGGUCCACACUGUCACCAAGUGCCCUCCUGAGGUCACUGACUGCCCCGAGAAGCCCCAUGUCACCACCGAGACCAUUGCUAUCUCCACCACAGUCUGCCCCGUGACUGAGACUCACCCCACCGACCUUGAGACCAUUCCCGUCUACACCGAUACCCCCAAGCCCACCAAGCCUGGACACGGCGGCGAGUACCCUCCUCCUUCCGAGACCAAGCCCGGACAUGGCGGCGAGUACCCUCCUCCUGUGCACCACACCACCACUCACUUGAGCACCUCAACUGUCUACACCACCAAGGUUCACACUGUCACCAAGUGUCCUCCUGAGGUUACCGACUGCCCUGAGAAGCCUCAUGUCACCACUGAGACCAUCGCUGUCUCUACCACUCUGUGCCCUGUCACCGAGACCUACGUGGUUCCUACUCCCCCCAAGGACACCAAGCCUGUUGCUCCUCCUCCCCAGGAGACUCACCCCGUGGUUGUCCCUCCUCCUCACAACCCUGGCAACGGCACCUGGACUCCUCCUAAGCCUCAGCCUCCUAAGGAGACCUACCCCGUCCCCGUUCCUGGACAUCCUUCCAAGCCUGAGCAGCCUGAGCACCCCGAGCAGCCCCAGCCUCCUAAGGAGACCAAGCCCGUUGCUCAACCCCCUAAGGAGACUCACCCUACCUACCCCGUUCCCGGACAGCCCGAGAAGCCUCAGCAGCCUGAGAAGCCCGAGCAGCCUGAGAAGCCUGAGCAGCCCCAGCCUCCUAAGGAGACCAAGCCCGUUGCUCAGCCUCCUACUCCCAGCAAGCCCGUAGAGACUGCUCCCGUUGUCCCUGCUCCCAGCAAGCCUGCUUACCCUGCUCCUCCCGCUGAGACCAAGCCCGUUGCUCAGCCUCCUACCGAGACCAAGCCCGUAGAGACUGCUCCUGUUGUCCCUGCUCCCAGCAAGCCUGCCUACCCUGCUCCUCCUGCUGAGACUCCUACCGAGCCCGCCCAGGUUGUUAACGCUGCCGGACGUGUCGGUGGUAGCAUCCAGGCCGCUCUCGUUGCCGCUGGUAUUGUCGCUUUCUUCCUGUAA